AUGGGCGCCGAGGAUGUUGAAUCCAACCAACCUCUGCUUGACCGUAAUGCUAGUCUCGACAUACCGGAAACGCCACGGACACGAAAGCUUUUCUCCUUUCAGCGACUCUUCAACAUUCUUUCCACGGUAUACAUCACAGCGUCGAUAGCCAUAUUAGCCUGGUACUACCACGGCUACGUACCACAGUCCUACUCCCCCCUACGAAGUCUCUUGACAUACGAGCGCCAGACGCUGUACCCGACGGCAGACGAGGUGAAGAAGGAUGGAUUCAUAGGAGAUCCCCAUGACACGCAACCGAAUUGGGAACGACUAUUAGAACCCAUGAACAUCUAUCAAACGGAGGAAGAGUUGAAGAGGGUAGACAUCGUAGUCAACGAAGAUACCGUGGAGCUCGAUGAUGGCAGAUAUAUUGGAGUGUUCUCAUUCUUUCACGAACUGCACUGUCUGGAUGCACUGCGUAGAAUGGUCCUCCGAUCUCACUACUACCCCAAUAUAACCGCAGAAAUGGAGGCGGCCUCGGAAGAGCAUCUCACGCACUGCAUCGAAUGGAUCCGACGGACAGUCAUGUGCAACCCCGACGUGUCACUGUAUGUUGGCACAUGGAUUGCCGAUUCGAAGUCGCUGCCGAAUAAAGAGAUACGCUCCCCUGGAGAACGGACUUGCGUCAAAUGGGACGUCAUUGAUCAGUGGUCGCGGCAAAGAGCGUUGAAGAAGCGCCAAUAUAAAGUGAAGCCGGGACCCUACGAGAAGGAGUUGCGUCAGGGGCGUGUUGCUAGUGAUGACUGA